UACUUCAUUCCACUCAGUCAUGGCUGGCCUGCCACCUCAACAUACCAAUCCAGCCCAACUAGGAGGCAACAAACCAAUAUUAUUGCAAUUAGAAGAACAAUAUACAAAGCGCGUAGACGAUGAUGUAUUGAAAUUAGUCGACAGUUUUGCAGACAUUGUUCGAGUAACUGAGAUUGAAAAUAAAGACAAGUUCAAAGUAACGCAAGAAGGGUACCAAAUAGAAAGCCAGACUGCCCAAAUAAUUCGAUCCGCAGAGUCUCUACUUGGUCUCAUCACUGAAUUAAAGCAAAUUCUGCUGUUGAAUGAUACAAAGACAUUAACGCAGUUGAGUGAUACCCGAACAAAGGAUCUCAAGGAACCGAAAACCGCUAUCAAAUCCGAGAUGUCAAAGAUGAAAGCAGAGUUGGAUGCAGCGGUAUUUGAUAUGGAAAAUGUAUUAUAUAGAAACUUAACUUCACCAUAAAACUGUAAUAAAUAUAGCCCCUCGAUAUCAUAUUUGUGGUGGAAAAACAACGUAAUGGUACAACCAAGUU